GCUUUAUUUUUUUUAAUGGAUGUUCUUCUUCAAAUUUUUGUAGAAAGGAUACAACUCUAUUUUUCUGAUACGCUUAACUUCUUAGAUGCUUUCGUAAUUGUGGUGACAUUAUUGGUUAACAUCAUUUACAUUUUUUAUGACUUUGGGUUUCUUAAAGAUAUCCCCAGGUUGACAAUUUUAUUUCGACUUAUCAUUCUGAUAAGAAUUUUUCAUCUGGCUUAUCAAAAAAGACGUCUUGAAAUGCUGACCAGAAGGAUGGUUUCAGGAAACAAACGGCGAUACAAGAAAGGUGGAUUUGAUUUAGACCUCACUUAUGUUACUGAACGUAUUAUUGCCAUGUCAUUCCCUUCUUCUGGAAAACAGUCUUUCUAUAGGAAUCCUAUUAAGGAAGUUGUGCGGUUCCUGGAUACCAAACAUGAAAACCACUAUCAAGUCUACAAUCUAUGCAGUGAAAAAUCUUAUGAUCCUAAGUACUUCCAUCAUAGGGUCCAUCGAAUCAUGAUUGAUGAUCACAAUGUCCCCUCUCUGAGUGAGAUGUUGGAAUUUUCCAAAGAAGUAAACAAAUGGAUGGCUCAAGAUGAUGAAAACGUCGUAGCGAUUCACUGUAAGGGAGGCAAAGGAAGAACUGGAACUAUGGUGUGUGUCUGCCUAAUUGUCAGUGAAAUAUUUAAAACUGCAGAGGACAGCCUUUAUUAUUUUGGAGAACGACGAACAGAUAAAACCUCCAGCACUAAAUUCCAGGGAGUAGAAACACCUUCUCAGAAUAGAUAUGUUGGAUAUUUUGCAGAUGUGAAAAAUAUCUACAAUUUGACUCUCCCUCCAAGAAAAAUACUCACGAUAAAAAAAAUUAUUAUUUAUUCAAUACAUGGCAAUGGAAGUGAUCUAAAAGUACGAAUAAUAAUAAAGCAUAAAGUUGUCUUUUCUGGUUCUGCUUCCAAAAACUGUAGGAUAGUUCAUGAUGUUGAAGCAGACAGAGUAAUAAUUUAUCUAGUCAACUGUCCACUUCUGCAUGAUGAUGUGAAAAUACAAUUUUUCUCUCCGGAACUUCGUAAAUACUAUGACAACUGCCCAUUUUUCUUUUGGUUCAAUACGUCUUUUAUACAAAAUAACAGGCUUUAUCUUCCAAGAAACGAAUUGGAUAAUCCCCAUAAACCAAAAGCAUGGAAAAUUUACCGUCCAGAGUUUGCAGUCGAACUAUAUUUUGAAGAAGUUAUAUUGUAGCUGGUAGUUGAUUAAGUGUAGCUCCUCUUCUAGGAAAGAAUCAUGUUCUUCCCACCCCUUGCUACAUAUUUAUAUCCUCAAAUCCUCUUUUCCUUGCUGGUAUAUUUAUACUUACAUCUAUGUACAUAUCUUCUUGAGAAAUCUAUUAUAUGUAUAUACAAGAGAAAUGUCAGUGGUGUUUUUUCCUUUUUGAAGGAAUAUACUUCACACAGUUUUUAUCUAUAUUGAGAUAAAUUUGGAACACAGAACACAGGAACAUUAUCACUUUUAAGAACUUUGAAAUAAUGCUCUCAUAACAAAAUAAAUCAAAUGUUUAAAAAUUGUCAUCCCCCAAUGCUAUUGGUCUAUUCCAUUUACUUAUAUAUUUUUGGACAAGUAUUUACCCCUGCUUUAUUUCACCAACUUCACCUAAGCUUGGGGAACUCUGUGAAGGUUACCUUUUCAUUGUAAACACUGGUUAAUCCUGUGUCCACAAGGAAUCAUUCUCUUUGGUACCGGAAGCUAUUUUAGUCCAAGUGCCUUCACUGCCACUGUAUCUUAAGGCCAUCGUUGACCUUGAAAACAGUUUUGUCUUCAUUGAAAUUAUCCUUAUUUGAGUGACUUUUUCUCUAAUUGGCAAGGCCCUUAACAACCUAGAUCAAGUUAAAUUCUUCAGGAAAUGAAGGUAACAACUAAGAAGCAGCAGUGACUCUGCUAAAACACAGUAUGCUCGUUCCUGAAAAGCUUUGCACUCUGCAAAAAGGGCACACCAAAGAAACAGUUGGAGUGGGGAAAUGAGGUUUAGGGCUUUGGGACAGACCUCUUCAACUAAGCAACACUGUAACCAGAAUGUUAACCCCUAACAACCCAGAAGGCAGCCCAGACUGGAUGCCACAGUAGGUGUUUUGUUUUAAAGAGAACUAGAACAUAUUGGAUUUGGCUGGUAGGUGCCAAAGUGGCACAGAUAGUAGAGCUCUGAGCCUCCGGAGCCACAAUUGCGGUCACAUGGGAGGGUCGUGCAACCCUAGCAGGUGGCCCGGGUGCAGGUCCUUUUCCUUCCAAAAUAACCCACAAGGGGUCCCAGCUGCCAGCGCAGCUGCCCAACUGAAUGCUUUUUGCUUUCCUGACCCAAGUCAUCAUUCUCUCCCUAAUCUGGCUCCCCCCGGAAGAAAAAAUCUUGGAGGACAUGCUCUCAAGUUCUAUGUUAUGACUACAUUAUUCUUCGUAAUUUGUGUUACAGAAACAUGUGUUGGUGCAGGGCAGGUUGUAGUUUCCUUUAGAAUUCAUGCCCCAGUAACCCACAGAGGACAGAUUAGGCAGCAGGCUUACGUGAAUCGGAAAAAAAAAAUGCUUAACUGGCUCUUUUUCAAUAUCAGCAGCGAGAGGAAACCUUAAUUUAUAACAAUCUUGCUUUUUGAAAUAAGAUUAGAGUUUCUCUUCCCUAACCCUCCAAAACACGUCAGAAUUUCUGACAAUUAUGAGUUACCACACUAUUUUGCUUCCUCUCAUAGAAAGAGAACUUCUUAGGGCCUCUUGGGGGUUGCUUUCUUAGAACCGAAUAUGAAGAAUUCUUCGAACAACUCAAGAAACUUACAAAAUAUAUCAGAAUGAUACUGGUUUUCUUAAACAGGAUUUACUAAACUGGAAUAGAAUUAUCCAAAACUUAAUAGCAAGAAGUUUGAAAAUAGAACGGCGUCCUGCCACAUCAGUCACUCCAUAUCCACAGCCUAAUGGAAGGAGAGAGUAAUUCUAGUGGGCCAAAUUUCAUAACUGUAGUGUAUAUGAAGAACAUGUAUUUUUUGUCUAUUUACCUCUAGUGAAGUUAUUUUACAUCAGAAAUCUUCCUGACGAAAAGGCAAUGCUCAUCGCAAUAAAACCCCCACCUUGAAAUAUUAUACAUAACUCUCAAAAAUUCCUGACAAUUGGUUUCUAGCAUGGCUG